AUGCUCGACGACUAUGCAUCAUAUCGCAAUGAUCUGGUUGGGAAUCAACAACAACAACAGCAACAGCAACAAUUGAAGAAAAGAAAACUGGAUGAUAACACUAAACAACAACAACAACAACAACAGCAAUCCUCUAGACAACAGUACCAGAAUAAUCAAACCAUACAAAGUUCAAUCACCAGUAUUCCUGAUACCACAUCAACAACAUCAACAACAACAACAACAACAACAACAACAACUACCCCAGCAUCAGGAAAAUCAUUAGGAGGUGUGUCCAAGAGGAAGACAUCCACACCAAAGAAACUAUCCACGAUGAUGGCAAAGGCCCCAGAGUCACUCGGUGGUGCAGAUUUGGGAAAUAUCAUACAAACAGACUUUGGAAAAAGCUUUGAAGAGUUGUUACGCAAUCCUCACAUACAGGAGAAGAUAGCCGAUCACAUCAACUCUGCACUUGCACUUCCUCAACACAAUGCCACACCAGCCAAUGGUGAUAAUGUCUAUCAAUCGAAUUCCAAUAAUGUGGAUGCUCCAAUUCAAAUGAACACAUCAAUGCCCUCCAGUACAAUGAUGGAUACUUCCAGUCUCUAUCAUAUUGGCGAUGUAUCAUUGGAUCUGGACAAUAUUAUCUCUUCAAUAGAGUCAGACCCAGAGAUUGGUGGAUUUGUACAACAACACCUACAUCAUCAAUAUGGCUUGUUUGAUUACCAUCCAAUACAACAACAACAACAACUACAACCAAUGAUGACAAAUACACCAUAUCUGAAUGAUUUGUAUGGCAAUGAGCCAAACAUCAACAAAACAACAACAGACAUUGAAGUGGAUAAUAUCGUCGACGUCAAGUCUUUUAGCGAUGGUAUUCGUUCGAACCCAAACAAACUGGUUUCCACUCUUCCACCACAGGACAAUAACAAUCUAGAUCGAAACAACAACAACAACAACAAUGCCAUACCGGACAACAUUGACGAUUUCCUAUCAACACUAAACUAUCAUGAUGAUGAUUGA